CCAUAGCCCCAUUCUCAGCCCUCAGCUUCCCAAGAUGUCGGCGCCCAGUCUCAGCGACCGGAGGCUUUUGGAUGCUGCGGUGGCCGCCGCUUUGCUGCUCCAACUCAUUCCGGUAGUGGCUGGCACACAGGGACGCUCCAACACGUCCGACUUCGACGUGAGGCCCGGCGGGAUGGUCCACUCGUUCUCGCAGAGCCUGGGAGAAUUCAGCUGUACUUUCACCUAUGCAGCUCAAGGUGGGACGAAUGAGCAAUGGCAAAUAAGCGUCGGGAUCAGCGAAGACAAUGGACUGUUUUCUUGCUCAAUCUGGAGGCCCCAAGGGAAGUCUUAUCUCUUCUUUACCCAGUUUAAAGCUGAAGUGAAAGGUGCAAAGAUUGAGUACGGCAUGGCCUAUUCCACGGCAGCAGUUGGAGGGCGCAGCGAUAUUCCACUGAAGGAUGAAGAAUUCCAAGUGAUUGAAACAGCAGUGAUGCACAAGGAAGGCAAAUUCCGCUCAGAGCUCUCCAAAGUGCUGAUCAUAGCCAAAAUGUACCACAUGGAGUUGUGAGCCACUCUUGGUGUUUCUGGGGACAAUGUGGUGGUUCGUCAAGUUGACCCUGGCGUGGCAUUGGGGACUCUUCACUGUCAACCGGUGCUCUUUUUGAGUAGUACUUCGGCAGGGGUUCCACAAAAUGCACAUUGGCUUGGAAAUCCACCACUCCCAUCCCCAUAAUUGCGGGUGUGUUCGACCACAUCAGAGCUGAUGAGCCUGGAACACAACAUCAGAAACGGAUGAGCGAUGCCACCUGUCUUUCUCACUACCCCGUUUUUCAUUGCCAACCCUGGAUGACCAUGAAGAACAUGGUAGAAAAUUGACUUUCUCCCAGGAGGUUCCAGGACCAACCAAGUUAUCUUUCCCCACACUACCUCUCCACAGUUCAGCUCAAUGACAGUGGAAGACCCUGCGUUCUUUCUUGGGGCAAAAAAGGGGUAAUAAAUAUGAAUAAAACAGAUUAUAUACUGUAA